ACUGGGGCGGAGAGACGCCGUGAGCAAGGUGAGGCAGAGGGCACGCGCGGCGCCACCUGCCACAGGCUAGGACGCACGGCUGCCAGAGAGGACGCCUUAGAGGCCCGCGAGCAGGCUCGGGAAUAAAACAGGGCUGGCAGGGCGAGGUGGAGAGACUCGAGAAGGACCGGCCAGAUGUCGAAGUUCCUAGAGAGGAGGGCGCCCAAGCCUCCGCCGAGACACGUGACUACAACUACCACAAUCCCCAGCGCCUGCGGUUCCAGCGUCGCCUUGUUCUAGACGGGCGGCGGCGCUGCGCGGGGAACCGGCGUGGGGUCACGUGGUGCCGGCGCAUCACGUGGGCGAGUCAGGUGGCGCUGCGGGGCGGGCGGACAGACUGCGGGGCGGACGGCGGACGCUGGGACGAGUUUGUAGCUCCGGCCCUGCCGUUCCGACCCCCGCCGCGGUCGCCGCCAUGACGGGGCUAGCACUGCUCUACUCCGGGGUCUUCGUGGCCUUCUGGGCCUGCGCGCUGGCCGUGGGAGUCUGCUACACCAUUUUUGAUUUGGGCUUCCGCUUUGAUGUGGCAUGGUUCCUGACGGAGACUUCGCCCUUCAUGUGGUCCAACCUGGGCAUUGGCCUAGCUAUCUCUCUGUCUGUGGUUGGGGCAGCCUGGGGCAUCUAUAUUACCGGCUCCUCCAUCAUUGGUGGAGGAGUGAAGGCCCCCAGGAUCAAGACCAAGAACCUGGUCAGCAUCAUCUUCUGUGAGGCUGUGGCCAUCUACGGCAUCAUCAUGGCAAUUGUCAUUAGCAACAUGGCUGAGCCUUUCAGUGCCACAGACCCCAAGGCCAUCGGCCAUCGGAACUACCAUGCAGGCUACUCCAUGUUUGGGGCUGGCCUCACCGUAGGCCUGUCUAACCUCUUCUGUGGAGUCUGCGUGGGCAUCGUGGGCAGUGGGGCUGCCCUGGCCGAUGCUCAGAACCCCAGCCUCUUUGUAAAGAUUCUCAUCGUGGAGAUCUUUGGCAGCGCCAUUGGCCUCUUUGGGGUCAUCGUCGCAAUUCUUCAGACCUCCAGAGUGAAGAUGGGUGACUAGAUGAUAUGUGUGGGUGGGGCCGUGCCUCACUUUUAUUUAUUGCUGGUUUUCCUGGGACAGCUGGAGCUGUGUCCCUUAGCCUUUCAGAGGCUUGGUGUUCAGGGCCCUCCCUGCACUCACCUCUUGCUGCGUGUUGAUUUGGAGGCACUGCAGUCCAGGCCGAGUCCUCAGUGCGGGGAGCAGGCUGCUGCUGCUGACUCUGUGCAGCUGCGCACCUGUGUCCCCCACCUCCACCCUCAACCCAUCUUCCUAGUGUUUGUGAAAUAAACUUGGUAUUUGUCUGGGUCA